AUGGAGAAAAUCACAAGGGAAUUGGAGGCGGCGGAGUUGACGAAACAGAACCUGCGCAAAACGCUUGACCAAAUCCACGACUGCUCUUCCUCAGUCCUUUUGCUCUCACUCCAAUGGAAGGACCUAGAGAACCACUUCGAAACCACGCGCCGCUUUCUCCUGGAGCUCGAGUCGAAGGAGGAGGAAUCCGGUGCGUUUCGGCAGAAGGAGAAGCGGUUCGGAGAGCGCGUUCGGGUGUUUGAAGCGAGGGAGAGGCAGUUUGCGAUGAAGGAGAUGAGAUUAGGCGAGAGAUUCGAAGAGUUUGGUGAGCGUUUGAAGAGGUUUGAGUUGAGAGAGAAACGGUACGAAGAGUUUGAGGCGAAGGAGAAGCAGUUUGGAGAGCAGAGAUAUAAAGAGCUCAAGUCGAAAGAGAAGAGAUUAGAAGAACUUGAAUUGAGAGAGGAGAGUAUUGAGCAGAGAUCAAGAGAUAUCGAGUUGAAAGAGAAGCGGUAUGUAGAACUUAUUCAAGACUUCGAAGCAAAAGAGAAACGAUUAGGAGACUGUUUGAAGGAAUUUGAGGAAUGGCAUAAAGAACUCGGGUUGAAAGACAAGAAAAUUGAAGAAAGAAGUGAAGAACUUGUGUUAAAUGAGAAGAAAUAUGAAGAGCGAGUCAAAGAGUUUGAGUCAAAAGAGAAGCAUUUCAAAGAGACGAUUAAGGAGCUUGGAUUGACAGAGAAAAGGUUCACUGACUGCCUUCAAACCCAAGUAAUUACCGAGCCCUUAGCAGAGCCCUUAGAAGAUUUUCUGGUUAACGAUGUUGAUAAUAAUUCGUCUUCUUCUGCUGGUCCUCGAUUUUGUGUAAAAAUGGGUGGAAAGAGUUUGCAAAUAUUCCUAAAUGAGCGGUGGAAAGAGCACGAUUUGAUGAGAGAUGAAGUGGCUGCUGCUCUUAGAUUAUCAUCGGACCCUGCAAAGCUUGUUUUGGAUGCAAUGGAAGGGUUUUAUCCUCCACAUUUGAAGAAGGGAGACGCGGAGUUUGAUGAGAGAUUGUUCAAGGGAGUUGUUGUCUGUUGUUAG